AUGCGGCCAGCGUCGCCUUUGCCUGAGUACCUGGACCACUACCACCGCCGCCGGUCGCGGGCUCAACGUGCGUAUAUUGCCCGGCAGAAGUCGCGCACGACAAGCCUCACAGACGAGGUCGAAGUGCUCUCUUACGAGCUCGCUCGCCUCGAGGGCAGGCGGGACGUCCUCUCCGAGAUGCUAUCGCAGUCGAUCGCGAUGAACGAAACGCGGUCGGAGCGGCUCAUGCGCGAGUACGUACACAUGUUUGCACAUGGCUUCCAUCUGCAUGACGCGGCCAUGGCUGGCAAGCAAGAGCGCUUCCUCCGCGCCAUCAUGGACCCGGCCAUGGUCUUUCAAGGCUUCUACUCGCUCGACACGUUCAUUCGCAUCUUCCAGCGCCACUCGUCGACGAUCUCGAGCUUCGUCAUGCGGUUCGUCUCUUGCGACGUCGUGCUUGCUGACGGCGACAAGCCGCUCGCGUGCACGCUGCGGCUCGCCGUGCAGCAGCGCAUGACGCGUGCGUCGCUCGCGCUGUACUUUCCGCACAUCCUCCACGACGAGGUCCUCGUCCAGGAGCUCAUCGGACACACCAUGGAGAUCCCGCAGACCAUGGACCUCGCUGCCGCGCUCGCCAAGGUCUUGCGGUCGCUGGAGCGUGCGACUUUUGUAUUGGACAGUGGCCGACUCCCGGAUGCGCCACCAGAGCAUCCGCUGUGAUCACUGCCUCCAUGACGUGGCAGUCUCUCGUGUCACAUGUAAAGUUCCAUGGGUGUGGUGUGUAUGGCUUUAAAGGACGAACAAGACAGCGCUCGAUAGACGCAGCGUGUACUGUGCGGGAGCGUACACAUCCC